UAAACAGUACUUGGUAUAUUAGAAUGAGAUUAGAAAUCGACUUGUCUCUUUAGCUAGAUACCUAGGAUACUUAGGAUACACGUGUCAGUUUUAAGCAUUUUUAAAACGGUUUGCACCGGUAGAAGGAGUGUCGUGACUUGCUUGAGCAGGAUACCGGAGUAGAAAACAGCCUAUUUAGUAAGCGACAUGAACUGAAUCUAGGUUUAACGACCUACAAUUCUACACCAACUAGACUAUUGAUCGAGGACAUGCACCAUUCAUAACUAGAGUUAUGUGAUAUUAAAAACAGUGCAGUGUUUAAACAUCAAAUUGUAUACAGGUAAGAUGUAAUACUAUAUGUCAGGUAUUCAUCUCCAGUAAAUAUAGCGAUAAUAACCAUACAGGUAAAAUUUCACCUAUGGAAACAGUAGUCAAUUCAAUAUUUCAAUGAAUACUCCCCGAAAAUAAAUUGUUAUCUGAAUGUAAUUGGUGCGAACAGACCAUCAACAUGGUGAUGUUUGGUGUACUAUGGGCUUGGUACUUAACAUCAGCUCUAUGUUCGGCACAAACAGAAGCCCCAACGUCUAAUUUUAGUACAGCCUGCUAUGGUACACCAGGUAAUGGCUGUACUGAUCAUACACUGAUCUGUGCACCAUCAUUAGUAAUAUCAAUAACUAAUAUAAGGUUUGGAUACAGACGUGGUUGUGCUGGUAAUGGUAUAUCGAACUGUGGUGAUAUUACAUGUUGUAGUGACCGACGUGGAGAUUGUUUUACACCCGUCAAUCAAACUCUACUCUCAGAACUACAAGAUAUAUGUGAUGGAGAAGCAUUGUGUAUUCUUGAUAGUGAUAGUGGUUUGAAUGAGACAUCUGCAUAUUGUGGAAUUGGUAAUAUACGUCAUUCAUACCAGAGGAUUGAUUAUCUUUGUGUUCCUGGCAAUUCGUCUUACACAAUUGAUUCGACCGUUGAAACUACACCAUCAUCAACAGUUAUUACUGACUCAUCUAGUCGAGCAACCAGUACAAAUACACAAGGGUCAUCGUCCUUAUCUCAGCCUACAGAUGGAGCUCGAUCACCGUCAAGCGUUUCUGUCAUUACAGUAACUCCUGACCAAGCUUCACCUACAAACACUACACCAUCAACAACAACAGCUUCUACUAACACAUCUAGCCAAGCCCCGCGUACCAAUACCACAUCACCAUCAACAAUUUCUACAGACACGUCUAGCCAAAAUACAUCACCAUCAACAAUUUCUACUGACACAUCUAGCCAAGCUCCGCGUACAAAUACACACGCCUCACCUCCCUCCUCACAACCCACAGCUGAAACUACAUGGACGUCCACUGGUUUCACUAACGAAUUACCACCCAACCAAGCUUCACGUACCAAUACACAAGGUAAAGACGUAGGAGCUAUCGCUGGUGGAAUAGUCGGUGUUAUACUAGUUAUUGCUAUUGUUGCUGCUGUCAUAUUCUUUAUUAAAAGGCGACAAUCAGAUCGAGAACCAUCAAAAGAUAUUCAAGUUAAUAAAAAUGGUUCUAAUCAACAUCAAAACACCAGUCCUGUUACCAACCCGACCCCUAGCGGGAAAGAUAAUCUUGCACAACAAACAACAGGAGAAGACAAUUAUAUCAACAUCGCAAUGAGCGGUGUGACGUCAGACGAUGAAUAUCAUCAUCUAAAGGGACCUAACUCUAAUAAACCAAGCGUUCCAGAUAGUAAUUAUAAUCAAGUUGGUUCAUUUAAUCCAGGGGAGCAUAAUUACCAACAUAUUGGAGAAUACAAACCUCAGAGUGUUACUGAAGAUACAUACUCUCACAUCAGUGAACAAAAUAACACUGGUGUGAUUAGUAGUGACAAUAACAAUAUUGAAGGUCACAAUACUGAUGAUCCCAACCAUAUCGGUGGAGACAAUAACACUGGUCACGAUAAUGAUGAUGACCAACUUAUCGUCAUCAAGAUGUGAUAAACAUUUAUAUUGGAAGUUGUAAUAACGAAAGACUUUAUAGUCAAUAAUAAUAAUAAUAAUAACGAUAAUAAUGAAAAUGACAUGAAAUGCGGUUUAAAGUUUGACUCUUCUGCUCCGGAGACGGAACGAUACUAAUAAUAAUAUUAAUAAUAUCGUCAUUUAUAAUUAAGUGCUGGCUGUUGUAUUCACUGUUUAUUUAUAGAUCAGGGUUUUGAAACACGAGUGUGUUAAGUUGAGAUUCAAAACAAACGACACACUGACGUUAAUUAUUACAUUGACUGUGGUAGGUAAUUUUGGAACUUACAUAUGAUUCAAUUUUAUAUCAAUAAUUCGCUUGCUGUGGGUGGAAACCGGAGGACCCGGAGACAAUCCACGAACUUGGACAGGCGACCCUACUCCUUGUCACGUACAACUGGGGAAUCGAACCACGCUAGUUGACUCAAUGACAGACUUUAUGAUACAACUCGCACAGGCUAACCAUGCAGUCCCCGCCCCCCUCAAGAGAAAGGACCCAGCAUAGGACAGAGAAAGAGGGAAGGUUUCAUAUGAUUCAAUUUUAUUUAAAUAAUUCGCUUUCGCGUAAGGGUUUUCUGCAGUGAUAGGAAACCGGAGGACUCGGAGAAAACCCACGAGGUUGGACAGGCGACCCUACUCCUUGUCACGUACAACUAGGGAAUCGAAACCACGCCAGUUGACUCAAUGACAUACCUUAUGAUACAGCGCACACCUGCUAACCAUUCGCCCCCCCCCCCCCCAGCAAGAGAAAGGACCCAACAUAGGAUACAGUACGUUUUCCAUUUUGUAAGGAAAUAGUCAAUCCGAUCAAAGUACAGAUCUAUAUUUCGUUUCGUUUUUUUAUAUAUUCAAUGGCGUGCGCUGCAUGAAAAUCUAAACGGUUGUAAUAUGAGGUCUCGUCAGUUAUCAUGCGAGCGUCUUCUGACUUUCGAUUAAUUAGUCAGCGUUGAUGUUUCUACUGGGAUACCCACAAUUCCGUGCAGCGCACGCCAUGAACUCGCCGUAACAGACCGUUUCAUUGGUUAAUCCCUCACGUCAAUCAGAACGCUGUUUAUAUAACAACUCUUCCAGAUCCUAGUGUAGUAAAGACAAGUAAAACGAAAUUUUGAACUACAUGUAUAAGAAACGAAAUAGGAUCUGUGUUUUAAUCCGAUUGGUUAAUAGUUUGAGAUUAUAGAAGAUGUUUUCCUGUGAAUGGAGAUUUCUGUUGGUAGCACUGCGCUGGGCUCUAAUGGACUUUGGUGAAAAUGUUCAAUUCGGAAAUAGAAACAACCAGUCGUUUAUAGUCGACUAUAAUUGAGUUGUGUUUCUUAUAUUGUUCGGACGGAUGAUUCGUUGGUUCAAAAUAUUUCAUGUCCAGAAUAUCUACGGUAGGAAAUUGAGCACGCAAAACGUUUAUAGAAUGUUAUCAUAUCGAUUACCUCAUUACGGACAAAUAUCAUAAAACCCAAAGGUCACUUGCCAUUUAUCGGCAGGGUUAAUUGGGAAAUGCGUGACUAUAAUGUAGAAAGCGUAAGAAACAGAGCCUGUUUCCAUUAUGUUUCCUUUAACUCGUGUCACAUGUCGUAGCCAACGCCAAUAGACCAUGAUACCGCUGACUUGAUACAUGAAGUUACUAACUAUUGUUAAUCUGUAACAUUUCCAAUAUCACUUUAUAAUAAACCUCUUAAUUUGUAACAUUUCCAAUACCACUUUUUUUUUUUUAUUAAACCUCUUAAUUUGAACUGUUCACGUAUUUCACAAAACAUACUUUACAGAAAUUAGAAUAGUUCUUUAAAAAAGUGAAAAUAAAUCACCUUGCAUACAUUCAUAUUACAUUAACAGGUGCUUUUAGAACAAAUAAUAAACAGGGGAGUAAAGCAUGAAAAUCACUACAAGAUUUCACUUUGCUAUAAUAUUUUUCUUUUCGUUAUUGUUAUGUUUGACAAUAAACCUGUUACUCCUACUUUAUAUUAAUAAUUAUUUCUUUCGUCAAUGACAAUCAAAGUCGUUAAUGAUGCGUGAAAAUCUCGGAAUAUACACUAUUAAUGUACACAUUGUUCAUACGGUUUCAAUCGUAACAAAACAUCAUCCACUGAUUUUUGUUUUUAAUAUAUCUUACUUUGAUUUAAUAUUUUCCUUUCAUGUCGUAGUAAAUAAAUUAUAACUUUAUGCCACAGACCAUGACACUUUCUUAUAAAU